GUGAAACAAAUGAAUGGCUACGUCUCAAAAGAGAUAUGUAUAACAAAUAACAUUUAGAAAUUGGAGUUUCACAGCAGUUUCGUCGUCGGAUAACACGACGAAAGUUCUGUUUUCAGUGACUAAAGUUCUUUUGGCAUGUGACGGAAGUUUAGCUAUAUUUACAUAGUGGUUAUGAAAGCUAACCCCUUCUGUGACGAAAGUUCGUUUUCGAUUGUGACAUAUAAGUUCUUUUGUCAAUGUAACGAAAAUUAACGUAACGAAAGUGCUAUCAUCCAAAUUAAAUAUAGAAAAAGCAACAUUUGUUUAUAUUAUACGAAAAGCAUAUUAUAUCGUAUCCAACUAGUCACCAUCCGUCACUAAUUUUUAAUUAGAAAAAGGCUUGUUUUGAAUACACUACUAUUCUUUCAUAAAUUCGAAAUGAAAAGAUUUUUAAUGUGUCUGCUCGGCAGAUUAACUGAAGAAACAAAAAAAAUAAGAAUUGUAACUGUAACUAUAUAUAAUUCUUUUCUUUUCUUUCUUUUCAUUUUUUGCCAAGAACACAGUACGCUGUUCUUUUGUAUUUGUGAGUAAAUUUAUGUAUUUCCUAGGUACCAUAACAGAGUAUUCUCUUUCUUUUUUCAUGUUUUCUUGUGCAAAAAACAUGUACGGACAAGAAACAGUUAUUUUCCUUGCAAUCAACAUCGGUACUGUUUUAUUUCUCGUUCUUCCUCUACUUCUUCUAUUCAAAUUUGUCGUGCUCGUUGGUCUCAUUAUUUUACCACCUAUUAUCAUAUGGAUUUUAUAUAAUUAUUUAAGAGUACCCUGUGUACAAGGUCAUUUAAAAUUUGACAAUAUUAUCAUAGCACAUCGUGGUGGACGACCUUUGCUACCGGAAAAUAUUACUGAUGAUUCCGAUUUUCCUGAAAAUACAAUAUCUGCUUACAAAUGGGCAUCGAAAUGUAAAGGUGCAGAAGCAAUCGAGUUGGAUACUUGGCUAUCAAAAGAUCAUAUACCCAUGGUUGUACACGAUUCUUAUUUGGCCAGUACACUAAUGAAUUGUCAAGAACUUUCAAAAACAUUUCCACUAUUAGUCAAAGUAGUUGAACAAAUUUUGGCAAUUCCGGCUACAUCAGCUAGUGUAGAACGCGCAUUUAGUGAUGCAGGUUUAACUAUUACAGAAUUACGAACGAAUAUCAAUCCGGAUACAUUAAACGACUGUGAACAUUGGAAUAAACAUGUACCUGUAGAUCUAGAGAAACAACAUCGUAUCCCAAUUUUACGCAGUGAACAAAAGGUACUUGAUCCCUCUGUAGCCGACGAAGACAAAGACAAUGAUGAAGCUGACAAAGAAGAUUUUCAACCAGAACAAGAACUUUCGGCUGCUAUAGAGAUUUAUACAACAACUGUAGUAAAAACGAAUUUAGAAAUUAGGAUCUCAGGGGAAAAACUAUCUACAUUUACUCACGGUGAAAAUGACAGUAAGUGACGAUGCCCUAGAGAGCACACAAUGCACACUCACGCGCUAUAGAAAGGUAGAUAAUAAAGAAAUCAGAUUUCAUCACCGACAAAUUUUACAGUAAUUUGCAUAAAAGAAAACGCUGGAAACGUUAAAAAGUUUAGAACUCGCUCCUUGAUGAACCAAAUUUGAUAAAAAUUCGGUGCUAGGUCCAAAAUUUCUUACAGCGAGUUUCUUUUAAUUUCGUUUUGACUUCUUCUUUGGUGUUGAUGUCAUCUAUGUGGUCUUUGCCGAAAUUUAUUUUUCUCAUUGAUUGAAAAAAAGGCGCCAAUGAGAAACAUAAAAUCUCGGCAAAGACCACAUAGAUGACAUCAACACCAAAGAAGAAGUCAAAACGAAAUUAAAAGAAACGCACUGUCGGAUUUACUGAGAAAUUUUGUAUCUGCCACCGAAUCGUCAAAAUUGAGAUUUUAAUUUUCGCUAACGAGAGAACUG